AUGGUCGCCGCCCUGCUUUCUCUCGCGCCGGUUGUCGGCCUAUUCCUGAGCCGCUCGCCGCUGCUGCUCAGCGGCCAGCGCCACGGCGCCUCACUGAUGACGGCGGAGGCCGUGCCUGGCGUCGAGCCCGCCCAGGCGCCGCCCGCCGCAGCUGCAGCAGCGCUCAACGUCGUGGUGGAGGCUGAUGGCGUGCGGUCGCUCGGGGAGGAGGGCGAAGCGGUGCUGCGCACGCUGCUCGAAAAGUGUUCUGACAAGAGCAUGGGCGACGUGUGGCGGCGGAGCGCCUUCUGGGAGAACGAGACGGCCUCGCUCCUCGAGAUUGUCAACGUGCUCGGCCGGUGGGAGCGGUGCUCCGAGUGGAAAGACCGCACCAUCUUCAUCGACGAGACGGACCUGCGGGCCAAGGACGAGGACGAGCGGCAGGCUCUCACCACCGGCCGCCACCAGAUGGCUCUCCGCCUGGGGUGCGGCGAGCGCUCGGCGCGCCAGCGGCCGAGCCAGCAGUUCUGA